GGCACGAGCGGGGCAAGAGUUGCCGUGGCAACCGUACCCUAACGUAACGUAACGUCCGUUGAUUUAAACCCUCACAGCGGUCCUUCUUUAGGAUUCAAUGGACGGAAUGUAACAUUAUAGAAAAACUAAUUUACUGGUUAAAGACAGGAAGAAAAAGAAGCACCACUCUCUUUCAUAGAAAGAAGAUGGAGUUCGAGACCACGGAGACUGUUCGCUCGACACCGAGUCGCCAUGAGAAAAGUUUGGGGCUCCUGACGAUGAAGUUUGUCAGCCUGCUCCAAGAAGCGAAAGACGGAGUCCUGGAUCUAAAAGUGGCUGCAGACAGUUUGGCAGUGAAGCAGAAGAGGAGGAUCUACGACAUCACCAACGUGCUGGAAGGAGUGGGGUUGAUAGAAAAGAAAAACAAGAACAUAAUCCAGUGGAGAGGAGAAAACCCAGAAAGCCAAACUCAUGAGGUGCUGGAGCAGGUGAAGCUUUUGAAGGCCCAAAUCUCUGAACUGGAGGCCCAAGAGAAAGAACUGGACAACCAGAAGGCAAGGCUGGAGGAGAACAUCAAGCAUUUCAACAGUGACUCCAUCACCAGCACUUAUAAAUUUGUGACACAUGAGGACAUCUGCAGCGCCUUCAGUGGAGAUACUCUUCUCACUGUUGUGGCUCCUGCUGGGACUCAGCUGGAGGUGCCACUGCCUGAAAUGGGCCAGAGUGGUCAGAAGAAGUACCAGGUGAACCUUCGCAGCCACUCGGCCCCCAUUCAGGUCAUGCUCAUCAACAAGGAUUCAGACUCGACAGUACCUGUGGUUUUCUCUAUCCCGCCCACUGACGACAUCUGUCCAAUGCCAACUCCACCCAGCACCCCUGCCAGCCUGCAGAGGUUCCCUCUCUCCUCAUCCCAGUACUCCACCUCUUCUUACUGCAGCCAGGACUCUCUCUGCUCAGACCACCAGGUGGUGCUGCCAGAACACGAUGAACUGCUGCCGCCAUCACCCAGUCCUCCUGAUGUCCAGAUGGAGUGUCACAGUCAGUCAGCAGCAGUGUUGGAGCAGCCAAUGGACCUGGUGGACCCAGAUUUCCAGUCUGUGCUGGAAGUGAGCAGCCUGCUAAAGCUUAAUGCUACUGGAGACCACAUGAAGGACGACAGAGAGGAAGCAGUUGACCUGAUUGAUGAACUAAUGUCUGAUGGUAUGUACUACAGCUUCAACCUGGAUGACAACGAGGGAGUGUGCGACCUUUUUGACGUGCAGAUCCUCGAUUACUGAUGUCAAACAGCACCUCAGCUGUAUGCUAAUACAAACUUGCGGAGCUUAAAACAAAACCCUCCCCAUUUUUGUUACAAUUUCACAACUUAUAAGUUAUACAUACGAUUUCAUUCCAAAAAUACCAUGAACCCACAUAAGACAUCUUAACUGUAUGCCAGAGAUUGUCAUUUUUCUGCACUGGACUUUUACCCUCAGCCAAUACAGAGCAAAGUGCCUAAUAUGUGAAUAUAGAGAUAUUCAUGCAGCCAAGAUCCCUAUUUUUAUGGUUCACCGAGCAAAUAUCCACAGUAUUCCAGAGAAGUAUGCCAGAAAAAAAAUACUCCUCCAGCCUUCUGCCUGCACAUAUAUUUCUAUUUUUGUAUCAACUAAUUGAAAGCCUGAGACUUGAACUGCGUUGCUCUCUGUACUUAACAGAUUGAGAUUGUUGUGCUUUAGUUAAUAUUACCUGCAGUUUGUGACAAGUACAAGGCUGUGUCCACACAAUAUGUCACUUUCUUUACAUGGACAGUUCAAAAACAUAACCGAUUCUAUAGUUUAUAUUUUAUUUAAAAAAUAAAAUAAAAGGGUAUUGUAUUUAAAAGUGAA